AUGCCUGCCCUCUCAGUGGGCACCGAGUCCAUCACGGAUGAGAAAGGUGACACGCAGCACAAGGGAGCUUUGACGACGGAUGUUGCUCAUGAUGCUGCCGAGCGUGGUAAUCUGGCGACAGAUCAGCACGGACAUGCCCUAGUGGAGUUUGACCUCGCCGUCGAAUCUCGGCUUCGAUUGAAGAUCGAUGAUUUCGGAGGUCUUGGCACCUGGCGAAUGCUUUCCGCGAUUGAAGGAAUCAUCACUGUCGGACACGCCCUGAUUGAUCUGGCUACUACUCGAGUAAAAUCCGAACGAAUUGGCACUACCGAAGUUCUUAACAAGCUAGAUCUUCCUAAGACACCGCGUGGCAUCUUCAUUCACGUGACACUCACCACUGCGUUUGUCUUUUUGCUCAGUAACAUUACUGUUCAGGGUCUCGGAUUUUCUAGCGCCACUAUCGUUAAAACGAUUUAUCCGAAUUCCAGCGUUGUGUUCUUGCAACCUCACACAGUCCCACUAAACGCCCCGCCGCUGAUGCUUACGGAUCAUAUCAUGUCCUUGACUAUCAAGAACAACAUGGGUUGCUAUGAAGCUACCUUCGUUAUCCCGAGUAGCACAUUUCCCUUCGGUGCUCUUUGCAACGCCAAUACCUCCGCGCAAUGGAAACCGCAACUCUGGUCGUUGGCUGGAAUCUGA